GGUCACACCGCGUUCAAUUUUCAGAGCCGAAGGUCGUCCGCGCGCGUCGUCGCUGGAAAUCAAUUAAUAAAAACAAGAACGAAGUGAAUAACUUUAAUAACCGAUCAGAGUGUGUGAAGAUAAUCGGCCAGAUCCAAUUGCCUUUUAUCAAAGGCAGGCCUAAUCAGUUUCCGAAGCGAGUGCGUGUGCGGGAGAACGCUAAGAGCGUGCACGCCAAGAGCAUAAAAUCUCGGCAAUAACAAAAAAAAACGAAAAAUACAUAUGCUUGUGGUUGCGAUUGAAUCGCUAACUGGCGUUUGUUUUUCGGCCUGAUAAGUGAACAAAUCACAGUGUUUUGAUCGAAACUGAACCUCUGCAGAGGUGCAGUCAGCAGCAAACUCCAAACACCAAACAAAUAGCAACAAAUACCGUCAAAUCUCGAUUCCAUUCUCGGUUACGUCCGCCGCCGUGUUGUUGUCAAUGGGAGUGUGGUGUUGUUGUGGUGGUGUGUGUGUGUGUGUUUGGUUGCGUGCGUGAGAGCUUGCCGCCACCGCAAUUGAGGAAAAAAAAAAUAAAUAUAUACACCAACACUGUGAGAAAUAUAAAUAGGUUCUGGGUGUGUGAGUGAACAGUGACGUUGCUGGGCCCCCCACCUCAGUCGUCCAACAGACAGCAUCAGAAACGUGUUAAAGUGACGAAUAAACAACAAUCUGGGGGGAAGAAAUCAUUGCAAGCGAUAGACAAACAGAACAGAAACAGAAACAGAAUCAUUUGUAUACUUCCUUGGCACAUACAUCUGUGUAUACACUAUAGGCUGCUGCUACGUAAUAGUUGCCGCCGCAGACAUUAAGGCUCUGGCCCACUCAGCCGCCCACCUCCCCCGGACUAGACAUCAUCAUGCAACUGCUUGGAGACUGCACGGCGAGCGGAAGGAACUGUCCAGCUUUCACGGACGCAGAGUGACAUUCGCGGGCAUAUCGGCGCUUUAAACGCUGCGACUUAAACGAAUUUAGUAAAUACCACGAAAUGCACGUUUCGGCCAUAAACUGGCCACUGUGGAGGCCAGCAUCGAGGGAGAGUGAUGGCAGUGGCGGAGGUAGCAGCCGCCUCCGAAUAUGCCGGAGUAGGAGCAGUACUAUGGCGAAUGGUAAAUUUUUAAUGUCAUGCGACAAGUGGCGACGUCGCCGGAAAGGCAACACAAGCACUAAUAACAACAGAAACAACAAAGAGCCAGCAGCAUCGAGUCGCAAUAAUGAUAAUUGCAAUUAUUCUACAACCAAUGAUUUCAAUAAAAUCAAUAAACUGCUGCUAAUUACGUACAUGCUGCUGAUAACAGCGGCCACAAUUUGUCAAAGCGCCGCCCAGUCGCCGUCCUCGUCGUCUGGCGGAGGACGGGACGGCGAAGGAGGAUCGCCGCUGAGUGCAUUCCUCAAGUCUGGCGGUGCCUCGUACAAUCAGCAAUUGCCGCAGCAGCAGUUGUUCGCCAUGCUGACCAGGAACGGGGGAUCCUCUGGGUCGGGAUCGGGAGCUCGUGGCAAUCGGGGGAAUGCGAAUCUCCAGCAAUUCCUAAACCUGCGCGAAGAUGAAUCCGAUGCGGAUGUGGAUGACGAGGACAUGGCUGCCUUGCAUAUCCCCCAUCGGUCUGGAGCAGCUGCAUCCCAUCUAUCCUCCGUCCAAUCCGGAUCACUGGAGACCAAUGGCUUCGUCUCGGACGACGGGGGGCAGUACGAGCAGGCGGAGAAGGCGUUGCGAGAGGCGGCUGCCGCGGCCAACAACAAGUACAACAUCGACUGCCCCAAGGACUGCAAGUGUGUGGCCGGACUCUUCGAGUGCGACAAGCUGCAUCUGGAGAGGGUUCCGGUGCUGCCCAACUACGUCCACACUUUGCAACUGGCGAACAACAAACUGAACGACACGACGGUUCUGGAGAUCCGAAAUCUGUCCAAUUUGAUAAAAGUAACCCUGAAGCGGAAUCUACUGGAGGUGAUACCCAAGUUCAGUGGCCUAAAUGGCUUGAAACACCUGAUUUUGGCCAAUAAUCACAUUACCAGCAUCUCCAGAGAAGCUCUCUUGGCUCUGCCAGCGCUAAGAACCCUGGAUCUGUCCAGGAAUCAGCUACACAGUAUUGAGGCUAACUCCUUUCCCAUACCCAACAGCCUGGGUCACUUAAUACUCAACUUCAACGAGAUAACCAACAUAGAUGUGGCUGCCUUUGUGCCUUUGAAUAAUCUCACAGAUCUGGAACUGAAUAACAACCAAAUCGGCAAUCUUCCAGUGGGAACCUUCCAAAACCUAACUCGAUUGAAGAAACUAUCCCUCAACUUUAACCAUCUGGAGAUAAACUGGUCCACUUUCAAGGGCCUGGUGGCCGUGAAGAACCUCCAACUGAAGGCAAACAGGAUUAGGGCGCUGCAGGACGGCGUCUUCUACGUGAUGCGGAACAUUGAAUCCAUUGACUUGGCCCAGAACCAAAUAACAUCGCUCUCCCGCAAGGAGCUCUACAACCUGACGAAGCUGCGCCACCUUAAUUUGUCGAUGAACGCCAUUUCGCACAUCGAGGUGGACGCCUGGGAGUUCACGCAGCUGCUGGAACUGCUGGACCUCUCCCACAACGCCAUCACAGAGUUCAAGCCCCAGCAUCUGGACUGCCUGCAGCGCCUGAAGACCCUGAAUCUGGCCCACAACCGACUCCAGUAUCUGCAGGACAACACCUUCAACUGUGUGAAGAACCUGGAGGAGCUGAACCUGCGGCGUAACCGCUUGUCGUGGAUAAUCGAGGACCAGAGUGCCGCUGCACCGUUCAAGGAUCUUCGAAAGCUGCGAAGACUCGACUUGCACGGCAACAACCUGAAGCAGAUCAGCAGCAAGGCAAUGAGUGGCCUGAACAACCUGGAGACCCUCAACCUGGGCUCCAACGCCCUGGCCAGCAUCCAGCCCAACACCUUCGAGCACAUGAUCCGCCUUAAUAAGUUCGUCUUCAAGUCCCUCAACUUUAUCUGCGACUGUGAGCUGAUCUGGUUCCGCAACUGGUUGCAGAGCCAGUUUCCCCAGCACAUGCAGCACGUGGUAUGUGGCUAUCCGGAGCACCUGCUAGACCGCCAGAUUAGGACUCUAAGUGACUCGGAGUUGGUAUGCGUUGACUCCCCCAAACCCAAAUUGGAACAAGAGCCGCCAGAAAACAUGCUGGCAGUGAAUGGAGCCAACAUAACUCUGGAGUGCAUUGCCAGUUCUCCGGCAGCCGCUUCCCUGGCCGCAGCGGAUGAGCUGAAGAUCAAGUGGCGGCACGACAACCAGCACGUUCUGGAGCGACCGGCCGCCCUGCAUGACGGCUCCAGCACCGAAACGAAGAUCCACCACGACCAGGGCACUAACCAGACCUCCAUCUAUGGCUAUCUGAGACUGACGAACGUUAGCUACGAGAGCGCUGGACGCUAUCAGUGUGUGGUAUCGAAUGCCUUUGGAACUACAUACGCUCAGAAGUUCAAGAUAUCCAUAGGAAUUCAUCCCACUUUCCUGCAAGUACCCUCCAACCUGACACUAGAUGCUGGCGAAACGGCCAGGCUGGUGUGCUCGGCCAGCGGGGAUCCUACGCCGGAGAUGGCCCUGCAAAAGUUCGGCGGCAGCGAGUUUCCGGCGGCCACUGAGCGGCGAUUGCAGGUGAUACGCGAGGAGAACGCCUUCCUGAUUACCAACGCCAAGCCGAGUGACUCCGGAAUCUACACGUGCACGGCAGUGAGUGCCGCCGGAGAGAUAAAAGUAAAUGCCACGCUGGUCGUAAAUGAUAAGCCCCAACCGAGUAUACCGCUGGUGCACCAAGAAGUGGUUGUCGGCCGCACCUGUGUGUUGGAGUGUUUGAGCGAAACGGCCAAUACGGAGAUCGAACUGGAGCAUCCGCAUCGCGAGUGGUUCAAGGAGAACAAGCCCAUCCACAUCUCGGACGGUGAUCGCUACUACUUCACCAACAGCAAGGAGCUGCUCGUGAUCCUGAAUGCGCAGUCCAGUGAUGCGGGUCACUACCGAUGCGAGAUCACGGACAACUCACGCACUUUCACCCUGCAGUCGGAGCUGGUGGUGGUCAAGGAGAACCUUAACUGGGACGUCUUGCUCAUGGGCAUUAUUGCGUUGACGGUGACGUGCGUCCUAGUGGACUGCUGCAUCAUUUGGUGUACGUUGCGGUACCAGAAACGGAAGCUGAGGAUGAGCCUGGCUGCCGAGCGUUUGGCCGCUCGAACGCAGGCCAGUUUGCACUCAACGCUGGACAAGGAUCAGAUGCAGCUGACCACUCUCAACCGCACGCAAAUGAGACCACAUCAGUCUCAGUUGGUCCUGGACGGGAUUGCCUCGCAGCACCAAGCGCAGGCACGUCCACGCAGUCUGGCCGAUUUGGGAAGCGACGAUAACCAGGCGGCCCACAGUCGGCUGAUCGUGACGACGACUCCCUCCUAUGAGCAGCGCUGCCUGGAGCAGGGCCUGACGCUCAGGUAUCUGCAGCAAACUGACCUGGAGACCCAGCAGGAUCGCCUGUCUAGCAAGGACUCGGGCACUGGAUCGGAUGCUGCUGUCAAGCGCAGUCUCGAGGACCUUGUGGUGGCCAUGCCUCGGCACAAGAACCACACAGAUGACGAGGAUGAUGAGGAGAACGAUCUACAGUACGCUCCUACGCGGGCGCUGGGCAUCUCCGAGUACGAUGACAUGGAGCUGUAUGAGCUGAAUCACACGGCAGCCGAGCAGCAGCAUUUCCUGCAGAACAACAAUCACAACUACGACGGUGGCGGGGGUGGUGGUGUUGGUGCGACGGGAGCUGCUGGUCUACCCAAAGUGCUGCCACGCAGUAACUACAACAGCAUCCAGCAGCAGCAGCAGUCCAACGCAGUGGACAUUUGAGUGGAAGGCUAAACCAAAUGUAGCAGGAUCACAUACCAAAAACCCGCAACCCGCCCCCAAAACGAACAAAGACUGUUUAACUCAUAAUUGUAAUUCGUAGGCCGCCUUAUCGAUGCCUUUUGGGGAGGAAAUUAGGACAGCUAGAGAAACAUACCAGUGUCUUCGUAAUUUAUGAAAUUUUUCUAAAGCGCCCCCAACUAUUUGAUAAUCUGAAUCGUAUAUUUAUAAUUUUGUUUUGCUUGUGAUAUUAUUUAUUAUUUUGAUUGCCCGAGUUUUAAUCGUAAUACCUCUGUAUAUACCACCUAGCCACUAAGAGUAGUUCGUAAUUGGAUUCGUAAGUUGAUGCACACUCGGUGGAGAAAAUCCAGUGGCCAGUACCGGCUAGGACUCCGCCGAUUGACAAUGAAUAUUUAAUGCAUAUUUUUCUUUUUUGGUUGAAUUUGAAAUUACUUUGCCUUACCAUUGGCCUUGACAAAAUGUGAAACAAGUCGAAAUAUUUAAUAAAAUUAAUGCAUUAUUCCAAUAUAAAAAA